AUGCUCGCCUGGCUCCGGCGCCUGCUGCAAGGUCCUGCCUCAGCCUGCCUGCUGCUCCUGCUGCUGGCUCUGCCUCUAGUGGCCCCUACCUGUCCCAUGCUGUGCACCUGCUACCUCUCCCCACCAACCGUCAGUUGCCAGGCCAACAACUUCUCGGCAGUGCCCUUGGUACUGCCCCCCCACACCCAGCGCCUCUUCCUUCAGAACAACCUCAUCCGCUCCCUGCGGCCCGGCACCUUUGGCAGCAGCCUGCUCACCCUUUGGCUCUUCUCCAACAAUCUCUCAACCAUCUACCCUGGCACCUUCCGACACCUGCAGGCCCUAGAGGAGCUGGACCUCGGGGACAACCGGCACUUGCGUUCCCUGGACCCUGACACUUUCCAGGGCCUCGAACGGCUACAAUCCCUUCACCUGUACCGCUGCCAGCUCAGCAGUCUGCCCAGCAACAUCUUCCGGGGCUUGGUCAGCCUGCAGUACCUCUACCUGCAGGAAAACCAGCUGCUCCACCUCCAGGAUGAUCUGUUUGCUGACUUGGCCAACUUGAGUCACCUCUUCCUGCAUGGGAAUCGCCUCCGACUGCUCACCGAACACGUCUUUAGGGGCCUGGCAGGGCUGGAUCGGCUGCUACUGCAUGGGAACCGACUGCAAGGUGUCCACCGAGCGGCCUUCCGGGGCCUGGCCCGCCUCACCAUCCUCUAUCUAUUCAACAACAGCUUGGCAUCGCUGCCCGGAGAGGCACUGGCUGACCUACCUGCCCUGGAGUUUCUGAGGCUGAAUGACAACCCCUGGGCAUGUGACUGCCGUGCCCGCCCUCUCUGGGCCUGGUUUCAGAGGGCCCGGGUCUCCAGCUCAGAUGUCACGUGUGCCACCCCUCCUGAGCGCCAGGGCCGUGACCUGCGGGCUCUACGGGAAUCGGACUUUGAGGCCUGUCCCCCUGCUGCUCCAACCCGACCAGGUGGCCGUGCCCGUGGCAACAGUUCUUCCAACCACCUGUACGGAGUGGGAGAAGCUGGGGGAGCUCCCCCUGUGGAUCCCUCUACCUUAUACCGGGACUUGCCGGCUGAAGACCCCAGAGGGCCCCAAGGUGGUGACACACCCACGGAAGAAGACUAUUGGGGUGGCUAUGGGGGUGAGGACCGGAGGAGGGGAGAGGUGUGCCCUGGCCCAGCCUGCCCCACCUCGCUGGACUCUGGAGGCCCUUCCCAACAUCAUGGUUUGCCCACCCCUUUGUUCUGCCUCUUGUUGCUGGUCCCCUAUGGCCCCUGACGGGCAGGUUUAUACUUAAGAGGGUAGCAAGUGGCAGGAGGGCAGCCAAGGAUGGAGGCUAAGAGGUAAUGUUGGUCUAGAUGACCUCCUGCCUCCAUCCCUUCAGAGAUUACUACACUCCUUUCUGCUGCUACCUUCUCACUCAUUUCCUGUCCCUGCCCCUUCCAGGACACUCUUUCAAGGGACAGGGUCAUUCCUCCAUUCCCUAGUCUCAACCCCAGAAUGCUUAAUAUGGGCAUUCCUCCCCAGUCUUCACCCCUAUCCCCAGCUAUUGGCUCUUCCCUCCUCUUCCCAGGGCUGGGAUUAGGCUGAUCACAAAUCUACCUUUGGGCCCUUCAGGGGCCAGAAUAUUACUUGAGGGAGAGCAUAUUUAGUUUUCACAGCUGUCUCUGUCAGCUGGAUAUAUCCAGUGGAUUAGGGUUCCUAGUGCACCUACAAGCUGGACAAAGAUCUGCCCUGGCUCCCCAUCAAAGAACACUAUGGGGAAGUACCCCAAAUGAGGCCACUCUAAUCCUAGCAAGGGAUGACCCCUAAGGCCCCAGCUUCUCCUGGCCCUCCCCAAACCCCUGAGAAGGAAAGGAAUUUUUCCUCAUCCAUCUCUCCUGGACAUUUUUUGGAGGUGAGGGGCCCCCCGGAGACCUUUCUU